AUGCUCCUGCGACGCCAGGCCGGAUGGAGCACGGUCUCAGAGCUGCUAUAUUGGACCCUCGUGUUACUAGUGGCAUGUCUGGUUGCACUCUCUAGCAUAUUCUUGACCGGUCAAGCGAUUAGGACGUCUCCGCGACGAACCAUUGCUGGCAACUUCAACACCAUCGUCAUUGGAGCAUGCUAUGUCGCUGUGCUUGUUGCGUCGCUUUUCUUCUGUGUGAAACGGAGCGCGUCUGUACACCGACGGCUGCAGCGAAUUUCCAAAGGACAUAGAGCCCUUGGACGGGGUGAUGUUCCACGGUCCGUGCAUUACUUUAUAGCCCAGGAGUAUGCCCGUGCGUGUCUGGUUGCGUACGAAUCCGAGCCCAAAGAUGGUUUCCAGCCUGGAUGGGGUCGUCCUGGGACUCGAUACGAUGGAAUAUACUUUCGUCGCGAUCUAUUGGACACCGUUCAGGAAAUUGACGAGUUGGCGAGGCUUCUUAUUCCCAAGCUUCCACCGCUCAAACCGACGAGCCGUAUCUUGCAUCACCUGCGAUAUAUAGAGCAAAUAUUCCCGCCUGAUGAAUCUGGGCUUCGAUGCUUGCACCAUUACGACGCUGUCAUUCAACUGGCGAAGUACUCCACCGAUGAGCCUACCGAGGAAGAGUUUGAACAGGGCAUGACUGCCGCUGUCGAAAUGAAGCGAAUAUUAUUCGAAUAUCACCAGGCCAUCAUAGAAGCCUCCUCUACGGACCUCAGCGAAGGCAACGAAUCCGCGUUCUAG